AUGGCUGGCCAGCAAACCCUCGAGUCGCUCAUUGGGCAGCUGAGUCUCAGCACUCCGACUCCCAACCCCGUCACCCACUCCGACCUCAUCACCACCAACGAUGUCCAGCGCGAAGAAGACCUCAUGCGAAAUAUGUCCUCUUUUCGUGCUUGGUGGACAGCAAUACACGCAAUGCGGGACGCCUACAACACUCAACAUCGAGAAGAAGGCUCCCCAGACCUACCCACCGAGGUAGCAGCACUCAUGGGCCCUCUGGCAACUCCAUUGUCCCAAAUAUCAUUCCAACGACUCGUAUAUAUAUACGAAGCCGCAUUAACCCAGUUCUCGAACUCUUUCAAGCUCUGGAAAUCAUACCUGACGAUGCGGAUGUCCUUUGUUUGUGGGCGUCUCGUGGUAAAAAAGCGCGCUGGCGGCAAGAAAAAGUUCCCUGCGAUGAAGGACGCGUUGGAAGACGAAAUAGAAGAUCUUGAGGAGUGGGAAGGUGGUCUGGACCCAAUAUUGGGCUGGGAAGAGUGGAAAUCGCUGGUUGCAGUCUUUGAACGCGCGUUAAUGUGGCUGCCAAGGCUGCCCCGCCUAUGGCUUAUGUAUCUCUCUAUUUUCUCCCAUCGCCUCUGUCCUCCCAUUCUAUCAAACACCCAUGCUCGACAUACAUAUGAUCGUGCACUGCGAACUCUCCCUCCUUCGCUACAUGCUCGAAUCUGGUGUCGAUAUUUGCUUUGGGCAGAGGCGAAGGGAGGACCUACCACUGUCGCCGUUUAUCGACGUUACCUCGCUGUUGAUCCAAGCAUCACAGAGCGCUUCACGGCUAUUCUUCUUGCUCCCCCGAACUCUGAGCCUCGACCGCUGGAAGCUGCCAAAUAUCUGCUUUCAUUAGCACGAAAAGCGGCCCAUGGGGAAUACACAAGUCCUGAAGGGAAAAGCCCAUACCAGCUUCUCUGUGAUUGGCUCGAUGUGAUAGAGAAAUUCGCGGAUGAAGUGGGCUUAGAUGUAGAAGAAACCAUUGCCGACAACACAGAGACCGCCAAAAAAGAUGCUGAAUCAGCUGCGACGCAAGAAACUCCACAAGACUCUGGGAAGGUUGUUCGAUUUGCAGGCGCACCCGUUGUUGCAGAAACAGAGAAAGCUCCCAGGCCCUAUGACGAGGAUGAGGACCCCAGGAGCCCGCGCAAGCUUAACGUGGAGCGCAUUAUUCACAAAGACGGUCUUGCGAUAUAUAAAGACCAGGCCGGACGCUUAUGGACUGGCAUGGCGACAUACUGGAUAAAACGCGGCGAGUUCGAUCGCGCAAAAGCCGUUUUCGAGCAAGGGAUCGCAACGGUGUUGACUAUUCGGGAUUUCACCCAAAUUUUCGACUCGUAUGCCGAGUUCGGCGAAUCACUUAUCAACGCAAUGAUGCAGAGUCUGGAAGACGAGGAAGACGAUGAGGAUGCUGAGGAGACGCAGAAGGAGCUGGACACGCGGAUGGUCGAGUUUGAGGAGCUGAUGGAUCGGAGGCCGUUCCUUGUUAACGAUGUUCUCAUAAGGAGAAAUCCCAACGAUGUUCAGGAAUGGGAGAAGCGGGUCGCGUUGUGGGGUGAAGAUGACGACAAGGUGGCCGAAACAUAUACUAAAGCGCUGGAUACAAUUAACCCCCGGCGAGCGACCGCAAACUUACACCGGCUAUACGUGAACUUUGCCAAAUUCUACGAGGAGGGUGGUACCACGGGUCAAGCAGAGGCCGACCUCGACAGCGCCAGAAAGAUCCUCGAAAAAGCGACCAAAGUCAACUUCAAAGCCGUCGAGGACCUUGCGGAGGUAUGGUGCGAGUGGUCAGAGAUGGAGAUUCGCAACGAAAACUACGACGAUGCUAUCCGUGUUAUGCAGCGAGCGACCGUGGUUCCGAAGAACCAUAAAGUCAACUAUCACGACCACUCUUUAACUGCCCAAGCACGACUGUUCAAAUCGCUCAAAUUAUGGUCAUUCUACGUCGAUUUGGAAGAAUCAAUAGGCACCGUGGAGACAACCAAGACCAUCUACGACAAGAUCCUCGAGCUCAGGAUCGCCAAUGCCCAGAUCAUUGUCAACUACGCUGCUUUCCUUGAAGAAAACAAAUACUUUGAAGAAAGCUUCAAAGUUUACGAGCGUGGUGUCGAACUCUUUACUUUCCCUAUAUCAUUCGAGAUUUGGAACAUCUACCUGUCCAAAUUCAUCAAACGCUUUGGUGGUUCCAAGUUGGAACGCGCACGUGACUUAUUUGAGCAGGCGCUUGAAAAAUGUCCACCCAAGUCAUGCAAGCCGAUCUUCCUGCUAUACUCGAAGAUGGAGGAAGAAUUCGGGCUGGCAAAGCGCGCCAUAUCCAUUCUCGAGCGUGCGACCCAACUUGUGGCCGAUGAAGACAAGUUUGAAAUGUACACCAUAUACAUUGCCAAAGCCACAGAAAACUUUGGUCUCCCCGCUACUCGGCCGAUCUACGAACGCGCCAUCGAAGUCCUACCGAACCGACAGACAGCAGAGAUGUGCGUGCGCUUUGCGGCCCUGGAGCGCAAACUCGGCGAAAUCGACCGUGCACGUGCCAUCUACGGUCACGCGUCGCAGUUCUGCGACCCCCGUGUGUUCCCACAGUUCUGGGCCGAGUGGAACACGUUCGAAAUCGAGACGGGGUCGGAGGACACGUUCAGGGAGAUGCUGCGCAUAAAGCGGAGUGUCCAGGCCCAGUUCAAUACCGAGGCGAGCUAUCUUGCAGCCCAAACUAUUGCCGCAAAGCAAGGGGCAAAGGCAGCGCAGGAGCAGGAGACAGAAACGAUGGAUGCCAUGGACGCGACGGAAAAGGCCAGUGGUGGAAUGGCUUUUGUUGCCGCCAAACAGACCGCGCUGCCAAAACCAGACGGAGAAGCCAACGGUGCUGUUGCCGCUGCUACAAAUGCUGACGAGAUUCAUAUAUCAGACGACGAGGACAUGUAG